UUGAAAAAAUAAUGUAAGUAGUGGAGUGAGGCGCAGGAACCGGACACAGUAAACAACGCACCAGCUGGGCCCUCCAUGGUCGCUCGUCGCUCCAAGCUCCUCCUGUCUUGUAUACUUCGCAGUGCAAUAUGCUGAGCUUACUGAAAAAAGAAAUUGCUGCCAAGAAAAGAUCACUUGAAGAAAGUAAUGUUUUUGAAGGAGAUAAAAAAUAUUUCAAGAGAGGUGAUUUGGGUGCUCGACAGGCAGAAGCAUAUUGGAAAAAGUGUGGAAUUGGAUCAGUGGGUGGUAGCAGUGGACAUGGAGGUUCCUCUGUUAACGAAAAUGAUUCUUCGGUGUCUCGGGAUGCAGUGAAUGAAGAGGAUGUUGGAGAUGCUCCAGAGUUGCCACGUGUGGAGGUUAUUCGUCGAUUACGAGAACGAGAAGAACCCAUCUUACUUUUUGGUGAGAGUGAACAAGAUGCCUUCCGAAGAUUAAGAAGACUAGAAAUAUUAGAACCUGAGGUCAAUAGAGGUCUAAGAAAUGACUUCCAAGAAGCUCUUGAGCGUGUAGAUCAGGCAUAUUUAAAUGAAAUUUUAAAGACAGAAGAUGGUGAAGGAGCGCGUAAUGUGGCACUCUGUGGUGAAACCAUCACCAUGGAAAGUGUAAUUGAAAUGGCAAAGGACCUCAACAAUGGCAAUGCCACUAAUGAAUUAAGAUGCAAAGUGAUUUUCAAGUUUGUACAGCUUAUACUACAGCUGUGGGGUAGUAAACAUAAUGCAAGGCCUGAAGGGGAGAAGAUGAGUUGUAGAGGCAAGAUGGACUCUGCUACUUAUACACAAACACAGGCAUAUCUGAAGCCACUUAUUAAAUGUCUCAAGAAGCGCUCCCUACCAGACGACAUUAUGGAGUGCCUUGUAGAAAUUGUACAACACUGUUUAGAUGGUGAUUAUGUUAAAGCGAAUGAUGCUUAUUUGCAGAUGGCUAUUGGAAAUGCACCUUGGCCAAUUGGUGUCACCAUGGUUGGUAUCCAUGCACGUACUGGACGAGAAAAGAUCUUCAGUAAACACGUAGCUCAUGUCCUAAAUGAUGAGACACAGCGAAAGUACAUCCAGGGUUUGAAACGCCUUAUGACAAAAUGUCAACAGUAUUUCCCAGCAGACCCUUCCAAAUGUGUAGAGUACAGGGCUGUAGCUCAGUAGUAUUAUCUGCUUAAACAUUUACUUUGGACAUCACUUUAUGGACCUUUAACUUGUUACUAUUAAUUUGCUUAUUCCCUGACCAUAAAUGUACAUUUAGCACCCGUGGAGAACUGUUAUGUACAGUAUUCUUAAGCUCUUCUGUCCCUAAAAAAAAGUCUCAUUCAUGAUGUUUGCCAGAUGUAUUCAUCUUUUGUAAACCAUAAGCUGCAGAGAAAUAAUAUAUACUGUAAUGCAGUAAAGAUACAGUUAUGCUUCAUAGAUAGUGUUAUGUAAAAUAAAAAGCUUCAUAUAGAUUUCAACUAUUUUUUUUAAAGAAAAAUAAUGCUAACUCCAUGUAUAGCCUCUUGUAAAAAAAAAAAAGACUUCAUUAUCAUUACACACAGAAAUCACAAUAGCGUGAUGUAUCAAAUGAACAAAUCCACAAGGGCUGUGACGAGGAUUCAAAUGCUCUUGGACGCAGGUUCUAAUUCUCGUCACGGGCCUUGUGGAUUUGUUCACUUCAUUAUCAUCUCACUCAUUUAACAAAAAUUAACAAAAAUAUUUUAAUAAAACACAUACAGUACUUAAAUUUUGUCAAUUAAUCAUAAUACUAUCUUAUUAUACAAUAGGAUUAUACAAUAAUAUAGGCUGAAAGCAGUUGAAUGCAGUAUAGCAUAACAGGCUUUUUCUGGCCAAAAGAGUAGAACCCUGACAAAGUGUGCCUUUUUUUUUUUUUUUUUUGUAUGAAUGAUAAUAUGCAAUGUUUUGAGUCAUUGGAACCUGGACACAACAAAGCUGGUAUGAUGCAACAGGUAGAGCUUUGGUAAUUCCUUAUAACUGAUGCCUCACAAGGUGUGGUAAGUACAUUACAUGUUCAUUUAGGAAUCUUGAUAUAAUGAAAAACUGAUUAAAAUGAGGACAGUGAGUGAGAGCAACUUCCGUAUCCUUUCAGAUAUGGAGGUUUUAAGUCAGAAAAUGAUGUACUGUCCUAAAAAUCAUAGUGGCUUGCAAAAUUUGGUUAGGGUCCUCGGUUAGGUUAGGUUUGGGCAAUUUAGUACAUCAGUUUAGUGACAUUGUGAAUGCUCGAGAGGCCUGCUGAUCAUGCUGUAAUCUGUCUGAGUUGCGAAUACAUUCUCUUGCAACUACUGAACAAGAAGCCUAUUUUAAAUCUUUACAUUCACUCAUGUGUUAGGUAACCAUGUUUGACUGUUCACAAUAAAGGGGUACCUCAGUUUACGAAUUUAAUCUGUUCCUGGAGACUGCUUGUAACCCGAAAAUUCGUAAACCCGAAGCAAAUUUCCCUGUGAGCGAACCUGAUUCAAAUUUUCGGAAGAAAUCAGGCUCGUAACCUUGAAAAGUUCAUAAAGAGGGGCAUUCAUAAACCGAGGUACCACUGUAAUUGAAAUCUGAGGAUUAGUCGGGUUUAUUCUCGACGUACAAUUGAGAAUUCUGGGUUCGAAUCCCAGGCGGGACAGAAAUGGUUGGGAACAUUUCCUUUCACUUAAUGCCUCUGUUUACCUAACAGUAAGUAAGUACUCAAAAGUUUGUCAGUUUGUUGUGGGGGGGUUGCAUCCUUGGCAGGGUCAAUAAUUCAGCCUUGAGACCUUGAUAAAAGCCUAAUGUGUAUAAAUACACUCUGGCUUCCUGUCCCCCGAUACAAUGAAUUAUUAUUAUUAUAUGUAUAUAUCGUAACAUUUGUAAGUUUGAUUUUCAAAGUAAAAAUAAUGUUUUGUUAAUAAACAUAUUUAAGUAAUUAUAAGAAGAAAACAAUAAAUUUUGUACAUACUGUACAGCAUUAAUGAGUAAGUUUGGCUUCUUGGUUUAUUUACAGUACGGCAAAAAGCUAAUGAAGAUGUCUUGAGUUACAUAUGAACAUAAUGUUGAGAAAACAAACUAAUUAUCAUCAUUUAACAAAAUUAUCACACAUUCAUCCUAAAUAACUUAAGGUGAGUUUGCUGGUAUUGACAUAAAAGUGAAACAGUUUAUUCAUUUCAUCAUUAAAUAUAUUACUUUAUAAAAAUUAUAUUUGCUAAAUUUAUUAAUGCUGUAAUUCAUUAAAUACUAAUGAAUUAAGCAUUAAUUAAUACUGUUUAGUAUUAGCAUUGAGUUAUGCCGGAAAUGCUGAGUAGUUUAAGUGUUAUUUCAAACUAUACAAAUACUGUACCUACUGAGUAACCACUGUACUUGAUCCUUUGUAUAUUCGUAAAUAAAUUAUUAUUAUUAU